GCCGCGCUCUUCGCUGUGCUCGUCUUCUUCGCCACCCGCCUGCGGGGCCAGGCUAGGGCAGCUGAUGAGGAACAGCAGCAAAAUGUGGCGGCGGCGGCAGCAGCAGCGGUGGCCAGAGCUCGGCCCCAGGCCGAAGACCGAGGGGACGGGAUGCCCAGACGCCGGAGGAACCUGGGGAAUCGGAUGAUGGCCCAAAGGAGAGCACAACAGGCAGAGGACUGGGACGAAGAGGAAGAGGAGGGUGAGGAGGUGCCAGAAUUUCAGGUGUCUGGGAAAAUUGGAGCAAAGAAGCAGAGGAAAUUAGAAGAGAAACAAGCCAGAAAAGCACAGCGAGAGGCUGAAGAAGCAGAGCGAGAAGAACGGAAAAAACUUGAGUCAAAGAGAGAGGAGGAAAGGCGAAAAGAAGAGGAGAGAAUACGUCUUGAAGAGGAACGACAGGAAGAGGAAAAAAGGAAAGCAAAGGAGGAAGAGGAGAAGAGAGAGUAUGAAGAAUACCUGAAGCUGAAGGAGAGUUUCGUAGUUGAAGAGGAAGGAGUUGAAGAGUCAAUGACAGAGGAAGAGUCUCGAAGCUUUCUAUUGGAAUUUCUCGAAUAUGUCAAGAAAGCAAAAGUAAUUCAGCUGGAAGACUUGGCUUCCCAUUUGGGCUUACGAACACAGGAUGCAAUUAACAGAAUCCAGGACUUGAUGGCAGAUGGCACUUUAACAGGUGUGAUUGAUGACAGAGGGAAGUUCAUCUACAUCACCCCGGAGGAGAUGGCCGCGGUGGCUCGGUUCAUCAAGCAGAGAGGCCGGGUCUCCAUCGCCGAGCUGGCCCAAGCGAGCAACUCCCUGAUCAACCUCCAGCCCGAGAGCGGAGCUGCCGCUCACGCGGUGGCAUGAAGUGCAG